AUGAAUGAAGAUGGAUCAAAGGGUAGGACAAAGGAUGACGGCGGAGAUGUCCGAUAUAGAGGCGUACGCCGCCGUCCUUGGGGGAAGUUUGCGGCCGAGAUUCGUGACUCCACUAGGCAGGGUCAGAGGGUUUGGCUUGGGACAUUCAACACGGCUGAGGAAGCAGCUAGGGCUUAUGAUAGAGCCGCUUAUGCCAUGAGAGGUGCAUUUGCUAUCCUUAACUUCCCAAAUGAGUAUCCUAUGUCCGGUUAUGGUAAUAACCGCACCGGUGGUGGUGGCAGUGGCUCCUCUUAUUCCUCCGGCGCUUCAACGUCCUCUGCUUCAUGGCAGGGCAAUGUGGAAGGCAGGGAAAGGAGUGAAGUGUUUGAGUUUGAGUACUUGGAUGACAAAUUGUUGGAGGAGCUUCUUGCAUGCGAAGAAAAGAAGAAAAAUGGACCAUGA